UGUCGGCGCGCCGGGCGCUCAGUUCUGUGUGUGAGCCCCGCGAGCGGCGCUCCAGGGCCGCUGGAGGCACUGCCAGGGCACCAGGUGGAGCACCAGCUCGGCGUGGCGCAGCGCAGGGUCCCUAGCAGCGAGCCUCCCGCAGCCGCCGAGAUGCUGCGAACAGCGAGCUGCCCCCCAAGGUCGCCCCCCGGACAGGGAGCCGCGGCGUCCAAGCUCCUGCUGCUGCUGCUGCUCGCCUGCUGCGCGGGCGCCUGCAGAGGUGCUCCAAUAUCACCUCAAGGAUUACAGCCUGCACAACAGCUACAGUUGUGGAAUGAGAUAGAUGAUGCUUGUUCGUCUUUUCUGUCCAUUGAUUCCCAGCCUCAGGCAUCCAAUGCACUGGAGGAGCUUUGCUUUGUGAUUAUGGGAAUGCUACCAAAGCCUCAGGAACAAGAUGAAAAAGAUAAUACUAAAAGGUUCUUAUUUCAUUAUUCGAAGACACAGAAGUUGGGCAAUUCAAAUGUUGUGUCAUCUGUUGUGCAUCCGUUGCUGCAGCUCGUUCCUCACCUGCAUGAGAGAAGAAUGAAGAGAUUCAGAGUGGACGAAGAAUUCCAAAGUCCCUUUGCAAGUCAAAGUCGAGGAUAUUUUUUAUUCAGGCCACGGAAUGGAAGAAGGUCAGCAGGGUUCAUUUAAAAUGGCUGCCAACUAAUUUUCCACAGAGCAAUGCUAUGGAAUACAAAAUGUACUGACAUUUUGUUUUCUUCUGAAAAAAAUCCUUGCUAAAUUUACCCUGUUGAAAAUCCCUGUGUUGUCGAUGUUCUCAGUUGUAACAAUGUUGUAAAUGUUUAAUUUGUUGAAAAUUAAAAAAUCUAAAAAUA